AUGACCUUCUCAUUACCUACCAAGGCCACUGGCCUUCGCGAAAUCAACCCAUCGCUCCUCGAUCUUCGAACAGAUUCUGAGAUCAUAGCCCAACUACAAACAUUCCAACCAAUCACUUCAGAGAAGAAUGUGUGGGCCAUAUGGGACAAUGGCUUCGAACACAUGUAUCCUACCCAUCAACAAACAGUCCUCAACUGGGUCCGUCGUCUCGGGCCAUCCUGGACAGUACGCCUAGUUGAUUUCAAAGAAGGGUCGCCUAACAACAUCUACAACUACGUCGGCAAAGAGUGGUUUCCAGAAUGCUUCAUCAACAAAACCAUGGAUGGAAAACAUGCUCCUCAGCAUGCAGCUGAUCUCGCCCGUCUGCCGCUCGUCUACACGUACGGUGGAUUCUAUCUGGAUGUCUCCAAUAUGCUUCAUACCCAUCUCGAUACGCUCUUCUGGGAUCAACUUUCAUCUCCUGAUUCGCCCUAUGAGAUGGGCGUUUGGAUCAUCACAGGCCAAAUCAGGAACAAAUGGGGUGAUUUUGGAAACUAUCUGUUCGCAGCUCGCAAAAAUUGCGAGUUUAUCAAAAACUGGCACAAUGGAUAUAAAGAACUUUGGAAAGGUCGAACAAACGUUGACGGUUUCAACAAACACCCUCUGAUUCAAGAAAUCGGUCUGGCCGAGGGAAUGAGAGAUCCCGAACACGAGGACCAAAUUCAUUGGAUGACAGACUAUAUCGCGCAGAUGGUUCUGGGAGACCGAACACGGAAUCUUGUCGACGUCGAAACCGGAUGGAACGGUCGUGAAUUCUGGGAGAACAAGGUCUUCAUGGUAGAGGGCAUCCAAAAUGGUAUUCUCGGUGCUCUCAAGACCAAUCUAUGCGGCCAGAAACAAAUCGAUUUGUUCACCACACGCCUCAAUGAGCCCGACCUCGCAAAGCGGGCCAAAGCUGAAGAGUUUGUCAUCGAGAUGCUGGAAAAGAGUCACAUGUACAAAGUGUACCACAACUCUAUGGCUGGUCUACCGGCUUUGGGAGAUCUCAUCAAGAAGAAGGAGAACGAAGACGUGACGUUUCGUUCAGGAACCUUUGGGGAGUUGUAUCGGUACGGAACUGUUCAUUGGGAGGCUACGAGAAAGGUUGAGAGGUUGGAGCCUCAGAGAAACGGGGAUGAUCUCAUACAUGGUACUCCCACGAGGACCGCCACUACUUUCAACCAUUAG